CCUUGGUUCUGGUCCUUACUUAGGCUUUUAUUUUUCUCUUUGGGUUUUGACCUCCUGGGUCUCGCUCCAAAGCUCCACCUCUCCAAACAAAAAGUCGCGUCCUCGGUAUCCAAGGUGACCACGCGGCUUCAGCAAGCUUGUCCCUUCCCCACUUUCCAUUGGCCAGUUGGAUUUUUGCGUAAUUCCCCGCCUCCUCGAGCUGCUCCAAUGAUCAAUACGCUUGCGGUCAAGGGCGAGAGAGGUACCAGCCCCUGUCUAACGUCAACCCUGCCUACGCCACGCAUUGCCUCCUGGGACAUGUAGUUUUUAUUCUGCCAGAGCCCUUCGAUAUCUGUCUCCCUGAGAACUACAUAUCCCGUCGAGUAUCGCGAGAAGGGCGGAAGUAGGUAAGAAGUGUCAGUCAGGAGUUGUAGUUAGAGCUUUCAAAUUCCAAAUUGCCCCUGCGGUGCGGCUUGGGCCGCAGGGGAGUAAGUCGCCUCAUCCACUGAAUGGGCUCGCUGGUGCUUUAGCAAACCCUCACAGACGUCUUCUCUUUGGACUCUUGGCAGCUCGGUGGUCAGUCGACUGUCGUGACAAGAGACCUGCGGCUGAGGUGUCCGGCGGCUGCGGGCCGGCGCGUCAUGUUCGCCCGCCGCGCGGGGCGGGGGCUCGGCCGCCUCCCGCUCGGUCAGCUCCGAGUGGCGCGCGCGCUGCGCGAGACGGCGGUGGAGGCCGACAGCCUGGACCCGCGGGCCGCGGUGGAGGUGGGCGCGCCCCCGAGGCUGGAUUUGAAUAUCAAGUCAUCAGGGUCUAGCAGUGUUGAAGUCCAAAAUAUGGAGUGUGAUAAUUGCAAAAUUGAACUUGAGCAGGGCACCGGUAUCUUGCACUCUGUUAAGAGUCAAAAAUUACAUGUUCAAACAAAAGGAGGCAAAGUGAUCUGUAUGGGAACAGUUUACGGAAAUAUAGAUAUUCACACAUCAAAUAAAAGCUCUGUAACUAUAGAUAAACUGCAGGGAAGCUGUGUUAACAUAUCUACUGAAGAUGGUGUGCUGAAAGUCAAGUAUCUUUAUACAGAGUCAACAUUGCUGUCUUCUGUGGCUGGGGAUAUUACAUUGGGAAGUGUUCAUGGUGAUAUAACAUUACAAAGUAAGACGGGUAACAUCACAGUAGAUUCAUCCGCAGGAUGUCUGAAAGCCUCAACUCAUCAGGGUGCCAUAGAUGUUUAUGUCAGCCAGCUGGGGAAAGUGGAGUUGAAAUCUGACAAAGGCUCUGUAACAGUCAAGGUACCAUCUUCUCUUCAAGCAUCCUUACAGUUAUCGGGAAAAGAGGUUGAUGUGAGCCCAGAAGUCUACAUCCAGGAAAUGGCUAAAGCACACACAGGUGACGGUGUGACAGUUACUGGAUUCAUGAAUCCAACAAGGGAACAAGAAAAUUGGAUUCAUGCUGCGGCCCCAGAAGGCACUGUAAGUUUAAGAAGCCAAACCUGGUUUCAGUCCCUGAAACGGCAGAACUAAGAAGAGUUGAAGUUGUGCUUACGCUUUUUACUGGUGACCAGCAGGUCCGCGACUAUGGAAAUGCAAACACCACUAUCGAAACAGCACUGGCCGCGAAUACGGGCGAACUGCUCGGGGUGGGCUUUUCCAGAAUUUGAACCUAGCUAUUGUACUCAUUUCCUGUUGCUCUGUAACAAAAUACAGUAGCGCGCCCUUAUUUUUGGGGGUGUUCCAAGACUCCAGCGGAUGCCUGGAUCCCCAGACAGCACAGAACCCCAUAUGUAACACGUUUUCCCCGGAAAUACAAACACAAAUUUAAUGUCUUUCCAUCUCAGGUCAGCACCUGUGCACCUGUGCAGAUGGAGGUGUAGUGAGAAGCUAGUACCCACUUCUGUUCCCUUCGCAACUUCAGCGUUCACGCAUUCAUCCUCAUCACGGUCGUAGCACCGUCAGCGUGAUUUUCUCUGUCCGUACUGAGAGAGAAUGCUCACCUUGUCGUGUCAGAGAAGGGCUUUUCGGUGCGUGGGAACCCGGUGUACUACUCCGUGCCCUGAGGCGUUACUGAGAUGAGGUGCCGCUUGCACCCAAGCCCUGUGCUGAGACUGAGGCAGGUGUGUAAGUCCUGACGCGCUGUCUUGGAACUCAUAAGUUAUCUUUCUCUGGCGCGCUCAUCAGCUGCAGGUAAUUGAUACCGUGGCCGGCAAAAGCUCUGCGAAGAGGGGACCCCUGUAUUUCAGAUUUAGUCUUGAAAGCAAAUACUCACUCAGCAGCUCACCCUUGUGCAGGUUGAGAGCCCGCACACAGAGCUGGGUCCUGUGCCGUUCUCAGGCUGGAGUCCAGGUCAGGCUGGGUGGAGGGCUUACCUGGCGGCUCCGGGGAGAAACCUGCUUCCAAGUUCAUGCAGAUUAUAGCAAGUUCCAGUCCUCAGGACCGUGUGACAGAAACCCCCCGGCUUCUUGCUGGCUGUCGGCUCGCAAUGACGCUGAGCUUCUAGAGAACCCCCAACCCCUUCCCGUCUGGCCCCUCUGCCUUCCAGCCAGCAGUGACAGCUGGGUCCUCGUGUUCGAGGGUCUCACUCCUUCAAAAGCUGGGGGAGUCUCUGCUUUAGAGCACUCACUUGGUUAGGCCAGAUCCCUCCAGGACACGCCUGUUUUGCUCUAUGUGAGGUACUCUGCUCCCCUGAGGACAGAUGGCACAUUUUCCCAGCUGCACCCCUCAAGGGGAAGCCGGACGCCAGGGUGUGGGCCUAGGGGGAAGUGCACUGGAGUUGUGUGUGUUGUAGCCCUCAUGUGACGGGUUGCCUGCCUGCUACCUCUUCUGGCAUCAUUGUAAGUGGAAAUUGUGAAUAAAACACUUAAAAAUGUGAGGCAGUUGCUACUGAUCAUUAAUAACUUGUGUAAUUUAAGAUGUACCUUGUUAGGGGAAAGAAACUUGCAGUUAUUUUAUUCCCAGAUGUACAAAGAUAGAUUUUCACUUUUAUAAUGGUGUACUGUAGAAGUUGUAUUUCAAACUUUUUCCACUCCUGGAACAUUUUAAUUAUAUAAUACUGAAUAGACCUAUUUACUGAAUUAUACUUUUAUGCUUAGCAUAAGUCAGUUCUUAAACACUAGUUUUUAAUAAACUUUUCCAAAUACUGUGA